AUGAUUACGAUAAUUCAAGCGUUAAGUAGACGGACUUCCGGUAAUGACGGUCGGUGAAAAUGUUGAUGUUUUGCCCCACAUGUUCUAAUGUUUUAGUUGUUGAAGAAGGAGAAAGAUGUUACAGGUUCGCAUGUAACACCUGUCCUUAUAUACAGAAUAUAAAACGAAAGAUCAGCAAUAGAAAAUACCCUAAGCUGAAGGAAGUAGAUGAUGUGUUAGGUGGUGCAGCUGCCUGGGAAAAUGUAGACAGUACAGAAGAAACCUGUCCUAAAUGUGCACAUGGCCGAGCAUUCUUCAUGCAGAUACAGACACGAUCAGCUGAUGAACCAAUGACAACCUUCUAUAAAUGUUGUAACAUGAAGUGUGGUCAUCGAUGGAGAGACUGACCAUAUCUUAUAUCUCACAUGAUAUACAAUUAUAUAAAACUGACCAGAGGGUUCAAAAUGGAAGAACUGCUUUUUUGUGGUCAACACCAAUAUAUAUGUACAAUGCCAAGGACAAUUAUGUCUCUUUCCUCUGAUACAACGGAAAUGAAUGAUGAUGGACUUUAAUCCCAAGCAGGCCUGGAGAAUAUUAUAAUUGCAUUUUGCAUUUUGCUUUCAGUGAUAUUUUUCCUGAAAAUAACAUAUUUGUAUUGAGACAAAAAACAAUGUUAUUCAGAAGUAAGUCAAGUCUAGAUCUAUUUUGCAGUAAUGCAUAAAGACACUGAAGAACACUUCAUGCAGGGAGAAGUGAUGGAGAUCAAAUUCAUCGGACAUCCUUAUUUUUUGGUUUUCUUCAACACACCACAGUUCUGUCAGCAUUCAUGACACAGCCAACAUAGAUUGACUGGGAACUUGUAUGACAGUUGAAUAAGUUAUGUUACCACAAUAUGAAUUGAGUUUUCCAUUCAGAAGAAUUCUCUUUGUUUGUAUAUGUACUUAAAGAGGGAAAUUUUCCUGUUAAAUGUAUGUUUAGCAGGUUUAACCUUGGAAUAAAUUCCUAGCAAAGAUAACAUAAAAUGUUAUAUUUGUACAUGGAGGAGAGAAGUUACUGAGGGACAUGAAAUCGUAAAAGAUUGAUCCAAGAACUUUAACCAUUUCAGUUUACAGUAGAUUUUAGCUGACACAGACCCUACAUAAG